AUGUCACUCUUCGUCAGAGAUGAAUCAGAUGAUGAAGAAUUGAACGUUGAGCUGUCAAGACAUGACGAUGAUUCUGACGGGGGGCAAAGGGAUGAUUUAGAUCAAGAGUUAUACCCUUUAAUUUUGGAUGAUAAUGACAAUCAUAUAAAACCGAACGUGGAAGAAAUCAGAGCCGUAGACAUUCAAUUGUCUCUUCCAUUACCUUUUCAGCAAAUUGUUGUUGAAAAUAUGCUUUCUUCUGACGAUUGUUUGUUGAUUCUAGGUACAGGAUUGGGUACUGAACCGAUUGUAGGUAAUUUAUUGCAUGUUUUGGCUACUCCAACUCGAAUAGACGGGCAAGACAAGCGAUCGUUGGUUUUGCUAUUGAAUUCUAGUGAAGAGGAUAAUGAGAAAAUUAUGGAAGAGCUUUUAGAGCUUUCUUGGUUUACGACAUGCGACGAAAACCAACGACCUUUUAAUGUCGUGAACUCCGAUGGACUUUCUGUUGAGAAAAGAAGGCAAACUUAUCUAGAAGGUGGGAUCAUAUCUGUCACGUCUAGGAUCUUGAUCGUAGAUUUACUUUCCGGGAUUCUACACCCCAACAAAAUUACGGGGCUUAUGAUCAUGCAUGUGGACACUUUGCACAAUUAUUCUAACGAAUCCUUUAUUGUUGAAAUGUAUCGAUCCGUCAACAAAUGGGGAUUUAUCAAAGCGGUUUCUGAUUCUCCAGAGUCGUUUGUCAGUGAGUUUUCACCUUUGGCACGCAAGUUAAAGGAUCUAAGGCUCAAAAAGGUGCUUCUCUGGCCUCGAUUCCAUGUCGAUAUUUCGGCUUCGCUAAAUUUUAAUAAGGAUAACAAAGUCACAGAAGUCAAGAUUUCGCUCACAGAUGCAAUGUCCCAUAUUCAAUUUGGCCUGUUUGAGUGCUUGAAAAAGUGCAUAGACGAAUUGAACCGGAAAAAUCCAACUCUUGCCUUAGAGUCUUGGAAUAUUGACAACUGUUUGCAUCCGAAUUUUUUGAAGUCCAUUCAUGCUGUUUUGACACCCAAUUGGCAUCGAAUCUCUUUUGAAUCUAAACAGCUUGUGAGGGAUAUCAACACCUUGAGAAAACUUUUACAUGCUUUGACUAGCUAUGACGCUGUUGAUUUCUAUGAAAUGAUUCAGAUUAUAUUAGAUGCCAACAAACCUUCUGUGGGCAGAAAAUAUUUGGAAUCACCAUGGUUAAUGGCAGAAGAAUCGCAAAUUGUUAUAUCGUACGCCAAAAGUCGAGUUUAUCGCGAAGAAAAGUAUGAGUUGGAAGAGUUACCCAAAUGGGAGCAACUUAUCGCAAUUUUAAAAGACAUAUCGCAGGACAUUAUGGAAAGCACUGUUGCUAAGGGACCGGUUCUCAUAAUGUGCUCUGAUGAACGUACCUGCAGACAGGUUAAAAAAAUCGCUAGUUACUCUGGUCAGCCAAUGGGCCUGAGAAGAUUCAUGAUGCGUAAACUCAAAGCAUAUAUGGCCAGGGUGGAGGCCAUCAAAAAGACUGCAAAGGAUAUUCAAGAGGUGAAUGAAGCCAAUACUGUCAAUGGAGAAAUUCAAGUCUCUCGCGCGUUUGCAAAAGAAGACGUAAUUUCAAAAAGAAGACGCACACGUGGCGCUGCCGCUGUCGCUGCUGUGAAUCGUCUGAAAAACUCCUCUGCAGCUGGAGGAGAGGACCUAGACGCGCUCAUUACGAUUGAUGAUAUAGAAAAGCAAAUGAGUAGUGUGAUGGGAACGGACGAUUUUUUUCACAGUUCAGCUGACAAUGAAAUUGAUGAAUUUGAUGACAUCUUAGGAGGCAAUGACGAACUCAAGGAAGAGGAAGAUGAUCUGAGCGGCUCGCAUGAACUCUCUAACGAAGACCUAGAGGCCGUUGAUGCAACUUUGCAAUACUUUGAAUACAUCAAUAGAGAAGAUUUGAUAUUCGUGGAAAAAUUCCAUAAUAAGACUAAUGACUUACUGCUUCAAGAGAUUAUGCCAUCUUAUCUUAUAAUGUAUGAACCCGAUCUCAGUUUCAUCAGGAAGGUCGAAAUUUACAAAGCUGUCUACAAAGAUCUGUCGCCGAAAGUCUAUUUCAUGUACUACGGUGAUAGUGUUGAAGAGCAACGGCAUCUGACUGCCAUAAGGAAGGAAAAGGAGGCAUUCACUAAACUUAUCAGAGAGCACUCCCAAUUGGCGCAACAUUACGAGACGAACGAAGAUCUUUCGCGUUAUAGAAAUUUAGCACAACGCAAGCUCCAACUUUCUCGGUCCCUUCGUAGCUCAAGAGCCGCAGGCGGCCAGAAAGCGUUUGAUACUGUUGAGAGAGACGUAGUUGUAGUUGAUAUUCGAGAGUUUAGAGCGCCUUUACCGGGUUUACUCUUCAGAUACGGGGUCAAGGUUGUGCCAUGCAUGUUGACGGUAGGUGACUAUGUCCUCACACCACAAAUUUGCGUUGAAAGAAAGUCUAUACCUGACUUAAUCUCCAGUUUCAAGAGUGGUCGAUUGAGUGAACAAUGCAAGAGAAUGGCCAAAUAUUACGACUUCCCCACACUUCUCAUAGAGUUCAGCGAUUAUGAAUCAUUCUCGCUCGAGCCCUUUAGCGAGCGUAGAUACGGAGCUGCUACCUCAAACACCCACCCAAUUUCGGGGAAGCUGAUGCAGGACGAGAUUCAAAUGCAGCUGGCCAAACUUGUCAUGGCUCAUCCAUCUCUUAGAAUUGUAUGGUCGUCUUCUCCACUUCAGACCGUUAACAUACUUUUGGAAAUCAAAACUGAUCGAGCUCAGCCCGAUCCUAGUGCAUGUGUUCAAAUUGGUCUUAAAUCCAAACAAGUCAGCAGCAUCGGGCCUCAAGGAGAUAAAGCUAACAAGGUAAAGCUCAAAGAGCUUCUUUUAGUGCCAGGUUUAUCUAAUAUUGAUUAUUACAAUCUCGUUAGAAGAUGCAAGAGUUACAGAAAUCUACAGGAGAUGACGCUCGAUCAAAUUAGGGACAUCAUUGAUGACUUUGAUCUGACGGAGCGCAUUUGGAACUAUGUACGCCGGGAAGAGGAGGAUGGCGAUGAUUUUGCGACCUCCUCGUAA